AUAGAAGGUGUCAUGGCGGCCUCCAAUGCGGCAUGUCGUCCUGCAACAGCGAUGCUCGGCCUGUCUAUUAGAGAGAUCUCCCAGGCACUGAGGGAGGGGAGGGUAUCUGCCACUGAACUCUGCAAGAAAUGCAUCAACCAAAUACGGAGGACACAGUACCUCAAUGCUUAUAUCACCAUCACAGAGGAGAAAGCCAUGGAACAAGCUCAGAGAGCAGACAACAGGCUAUGCACAGGUAAACCUCUUGGUCCUCUGGAUGGCAUUCCCUUCUCUGUGAAAGACAACUUCUGCACAGAGGACAUCGAGACUACCUGUGCUUCAAACAUGCUUAAAGGUUACAUUCCUCCAUUCAAUGCAACAGUUGUGCAGAAGCUGUUGGAUCAAGGUGCAGUACUUGUUGGAAAAACAAAUUUAGAUGAGUUUGCAAUGGGAGCUGGCAGUACAGAUGGAGUGUUUGGUCCAGUUCGGAACCCAUGGAGCUAUGCAACCCCAUACCGUGAGCAGAACCGGGGAGAUCCACAUUCUGACUGGGCAAUCACAGGAGGAAGUUCAGGAGGAAGCGCAGCGGCAGUGGCAUCUCUAAGCAGCUUCCUAGCAUUAGGGUCUGAUACAGGAGGCUCUACACGAAACCCUGGUUCCCUCUGUGGAGUCGUGGCUCUGAAACCCACUUAUGGCCUGCUCUCCCGUCAUGGACUCAUCCCUCUGGUGAACUCAAUGGAUGUGCCGGGAAUCAUGACCAGGAGUGUCCAUGAUGCUGCUACAGUUUUGAGGAUUCUGCAGGGUCUAGAUGAGAGGGACUCAACAACUGUCCAGGCACCCAGCACCCCACCCAGUCUUCCUGAAGAUUUUGACAUUAAAGACUUGUGUGUUGGCAUACCAAAGGAGUAUCACGCCCCAGGCAUGUCAAAGGAAACUCUGGCCCAGUGGAGUCGAGUUGCAGCCAUGUUUGAGCAGGCGGGAGCGAGGGUACAGGAAGUGUCUCUCCCACACACACAGCACUCCAUCGUCUGUUACCACGUCCUGUGUUGCUGUGAGGUAGCAUCCAAUAUGGCACGAUUUGACGGCCUUGAAUACGGCCAUCGCAGUGCAGUCGACAGCUCUACAGACGCCAUGUAUGCCACCACAAGACAUGAAGGCUUUAACAAUGUUGUCCGCAGAAGAAUCCUCUCAGGGAACUACUUCCUUCUGAAACAAAACUACACGCAUUACUUUGUGAAAGCUCAACAGAUCCGGCGUCUCAUCGCUGAGGAUUUUAAGCACGUGUUCCGCUCCGGCAUAGAUGUUCUCCUCACACCCACAACACUUAGCGAUGCAGCAUGCUACUCUGACUUCAUACAGGAAGACAACCGUACACGCAGUGCACAGGAAGACGUCUUCACCCAACCUGUCAACAUGGCAGGUCUGCCUGCCAUCACUGUGCCAACAGCCCUCUCACACAGAGGUCUUCCUAUCGGCCUGCAGCUGAUUGGUCAGACACUACAGGACUGGAAGUUGUUGACUGUAGCCCACUGGAUGGAGCAACAGCUCAACUUUCCAAUGAUCCAUUUCCAUGGAGCCUCAAAUGAGAACGAGGUGGACAGAGCAGUCAGAGAAAGCAUGCAUACUGUAGGACCAUAACCAAAACACUGAGACAGAACAUUUAAAGAACAGGGGAAUUGAAACCUUUAAGGGUUAAAUUUGGUGUAAAUGUACAAAGCAGAAGUGAAAUUGAAUGACUUUAUGCUGGUGCAUCAACACACAAUACUGUGUAUAUAUAAGUCUCGAUAUGCUGUAAGCAGGGCUCUGUGAUUUCACGUUCAUUCGCCUUCUUUAAAUAACUGAUCAUAUUUAGUGUGUUAGUGCUAUGAUCAAUAGAGCCACUGACUCAAAAGCAAAAAUAUUAAAUGUACUAAUGCUGAUAUUUAUGCAAAAUUAUAAAUUAAUUCUACAAAUAUAUAUAUAUAUUAAAAAAAAGGUUUAGGGUUGAAAUAAAAGCUUUAAAUUUCAUUUUAACAGAAUGUGGUUUUAAAAAAUGAAAAUGUUUUUUUUUAAUGUAAAGGUGAAGUGUGGAAGUUGAAGAAUGGAACUGCAAAAAUAAUGACUGUUUUCAAACAAGUUUCCUGAACACUCUGUCCUCUGUCUGCCAUUGGUUGUCCAACAGAUAGUCCCGCCCCAGACUCACGGCAUUGGUUGAGCUGAAGUUGCUGUGUCGAGUUGGCCGGGAUGCUCAAACAAUUAGAGCAAUGUUUUGACAGCACCACAGAGCCAUAAUGUUCACACUUUUCGGGGAAAAUCGGCAUACAAAUUGCUUACAGUUGUGUCUGCAUGUUAAGAUGGGAUAGGAGCAAGAAUUUUAACAUUGGAAAAAAUCACACAGUUCACCUUUUAAACAAAUAUUCCGGGUUCAAAACAAGUUAAGCUCAAUCGACAGCAUUUGUGGCAUAUUGAUUACCACAAAAAUAAAUUUUGACUUGCCCACCCUUUUCUUAAAAAAAAAAAAAAAAAAAAAUCUGGGUUCCAGUUAGGCACUUACAAUGGAGGUGAAUGGGAACUAUCCGUAAGCGUUAAAAUACUCACUCUUUCAGAAGUAUAGCCACAAUACAAACAAUAUGCGUGUUAUUGUGAUUUUAAUGUGAUAAAAUUGCGUACUAACCUUUUCUUACUAACUUCGUUGCCAGGACGACAUAAUAUCUACUAACUCUAAAAUGACUAAUGAUUUGUUCAACAGCUUUACAGCUCUAAUAAUACAUGUUUUAAAAGUAUGAAUGAAAGUGAUUUUAAUGAAAUUAUUAAGCUUCAAAUAUUUGCCUUUAAACCCUCCAAAAAUUUACCCCAUUCACUUCCAUUGUAAGUGCUUCACUGUAACCUCGAUUUUGCUUUCCUUUUUUUUUUCUUUUUUUUUUUUAAAGAAAAAGAAGAGGGACGAAUCUAAAUACAUUUGUGGUAAUCUACAUUAUGCCACAAAUGCUGUCGAUUGAGCUCGACUUGUAUUGAACCCAGAAUAUUCCUUUAAUGUGAACUUAAACAUUACAAAUUGUAACUGUUAUAGCAGUUUUCGCUCUAGCACUUUUUGCGCUGCAUUCAUGGCUGGUGGCCGAUUCUGCAGCUGUUACUUUAAACAGGUUUUGUAAAAGGAUGAAAUUUUGGAAGUAAAAACUGAAUGAAGGUACAAAAACCCUCUUCAUCUUUUCUACAAUCCGACAACAUUCUAUUUGACAAAAAUGUACUAUAUAAUCUUUGUGGUUCUCCAGAAGAAUUUGUCAGUUAUAAAAGAUCUGUAUCUGCACAAUUUGCACAACAGAAACCCAAGUAGUAAUCAUAAUGUUUUACACAGUUUAACUCUGAGGAAAGUGCACACACACAUCCUGUUUCUAACGAACGAUGACACUCUCUUACACCACUUGAGUUGAGCUUCUGUUAUAUUCUGAGUGUGAGGUUUGUGUUUAUAAUUUUUCUUUAUGGCUGUAAAGGUUGUUUAUUGAAUAAAGGCAGAUGGCCCUGGAUUGUCUUCACUGUU